AUGGCUGACGCGGAGUGCCCCUUCGGCAGCAGCCGCGUCAGCAGGCUGACGCUACGAUUCUCCGACAGAGGUUUGGAGGAUGGCUUCGCCAAGCACCGCAUGCCGAAGCUCAUCUCCGGUUUGCGCAAAUGCGCGGCGUGUGGCACCAUCUUGGCCAUAGGUUGCCUAGCCCUUGACCGGCCCUGGGACAACACUAUGGAGCGCUAUGAGAGUCCCCAAGACAUGCAUGCGAGAGAGUUCGCACGCGGGAUGGUGCUGGGCCUAGGUUUCUUAUCGUUGAGCACGUUUACGGUGUGGUCGAUCCCCUUAAUUGAUAAAGCCCGUACGUGCGCGUUGGAGAUCGCAGCCGUUUGUAUCAUUUCUGUGGGGCUUAUUGCGUAUAUAUUUGCAAUGCCAUGGUACAGCGCAUGGGCUUUAGGCUACGUGCCAGGGGCGUAUAUUAAAGGAUCAACAGAUACGAAUUUGGUGUUGUUCAUUGUUGGUAUCCAGACGACGACCAACAUGGCGUUGCCGAUCCGAUUCUUCAUCGUUGUGUUUCUGAACAUCGUGUGUAUUCUAUGCUACACAGUUCCAGUUUUUGUUUUUGGUGGACCAGAGAUGCAGAAUGCCUUGAUUCACUUGUUUUUCUUAUUAUGCAUCGUUGUUCUGGCCGCAGUAGGGAAGCACAGCCUCGAGUACCACGAACGUUUCUUGUACGUUACCCUCCUCAACGAGAAGUGCUUACGCUUCCAGUCAGAGUUCGCACUGUCCAGCAUGCACCCGGAUCUGCCUCGUCAGCUUCCUUCCCUGAGCGGAGAGUCGGUUCCGUCAACUUCUGAUUCGGCACGCGCUUUCGCGCCGGGCACUGAUGUGCGCGAGUGUGUCCGACGACUUGUGCAGAUCGGGGAGAAGGAGCAAUGGUUGAUCCAGCAAGACGACAUGAGCAUGGAGCCGCUUCACCUGCUGGGCGAGGGGGGGUUCGGAAAAGUUUACGCGGGGCUCUACCAGGGAGCCUCCGUGGCAUUGAAGGUUCCGAAAGAGUUCUUGACGAGGUCACAUCUGCUUGCCAUGACCAACGAACUGCGCAUUCUGAGAAGGGUCAGGCAUCCAAACAUUGUGUCUCUUUAUGGAGCCUGCCUCGACGAGCUGAGGGGUACAGUGAUACUGGUUCUUGAGCGGGUGAUGGGAGUCAACUUGGGGCAUUUCGUCAAGGCGAGGCGAGGGGAGGAUCGAACCGGUCCAAGCAUGCGAGGCUUCCCGAGUGAGGAAGACCGAGUGCAGAUACUCGUGGGCUUGUCGUCAGCAUUGUGCCAUCUGCAUUCGCGGAAGCCCCUUAUAGUGCACGGCGACCUGAAGCCAUCAAACGUCUUUGUUGUAGAUGAUUGUUCGUGGACGCCCGUCAAAGCAAAGUUGCUAGACUUUGGGCUUGCAAGAUCUUUGACGAAACAUGCGAACCCGAUGGGGGGAACUCCCCGAUGGGCAGCACCAGAAGUCUUCCAUGGCCGCUCAAGACCCAGCACUUCAGCAGAUGUCUAUUCGUUUGGCCGCAUUGUCUUCAUCACGGUGACUGGCCUACAGCCUGGCGGUCAUUCGAUGGAUUCGGAUGCGAUGGAAGGUCAUCAGCCUUACCACGAGGCCGAGAUUCUAGUCGGCAACAAGCUUGCAGGAAAGAGUAGGUCUCUCAUAGAGAAGUGCAGCAGUCGCGAGGUUACAAUCCGGCCGUCUAUGCGGGAGGUGCACUCAGAAGUGUUAGCUUGGGGGGAAGAAGCGGCCAGAUGUCUUUCCACUAGACCAGACGGACAGUCCACGUCUGGGGAUUUAUCGCUCUCGGUUUUCGUGGCGAGUAAGCCGAGUACAAUUACUGGACAGACAGACGAGUUUCCUUCGGCUGAAACGAUAGGGGUUUAG